AUGUUGCCAAAUAUUCAACUCACUUUGAUACAAGCAGCAGCAACGCUGCUUGCGGUAACGGCUCAACCGUUGUCGCAGCAGCUUUCGGUGUCCGGUGGUCUCGCCGAAAUUCCCAGCCCACCUAGCCCGGAGCCAAUUGAGAUUAGCGAGGUACCAAUGCCACCCGUUGUGCAAGGCAAUGCAUCAUGCUCAACAUCUCUUAAUCAUCGCGGAACUGGAUGCAUCAGUCAGGAACCGGGGCUCACGGGUGUCAGCUUUAUGCCAGAUGGGCAUCAUCUUGUGGUGCCAAUGGUCUUUGCCGGUGCCCCAUCCGCGCCGGACCCUGCUAGUAUCUACACAGGAAACCAACUUGUUCUUCUCAAAAUCGACGGAAGCACCUUUAGCAAUGGCGAUACGUGGAAGUGCAUAACUUGUGGUGUACCAGACGAGAAUGCCGUCGGGAGUGCUACGUCCAUUCUCGACUAUCCUCAAGCUUUUCGUGAUGGCAAACGUGUAUUAGCCGGCACGAAUAUAAUCGAAUGCGGAGAUUUUUUAUUGGCCGAGGACGCCUGCACACCUUAA